AUGGACGGUGACGAUGGCGGUGCGCCCACGGGUAAGACGCCCGCAAAGCCCCGGCAGAAGACCCCGCUGCAAAAGGAGGUCCUGGAGGCUUCUUACAUGAUAAACCAGAAUCCGACCCCGGACCACUGCCGCGCGCUGGCGCAGCGAAUACAGCUGACAGAGAAGGAGGUCCGAGACUGGUUCUCCGGUCGCCGCCGGCGGGUGCGGAAGAAAGAGCAGAAGGCGGCGGAGGCGGCAGGCGGCGGCGGCGCCUCACCACCGCCGGGAGCGGCGGCGUCGGGCGCGGCGGCAGCAUACGCGGGCACGCCCCAGCCGCCUUCCCGGCAGCCGUCCACAGGCGCGCAUGGCAGCGGCGGCGGCGGCGGCGCCCCCGCGUCGGCGGCCGCCGCGUCCCCGGGCGCCGCGUCUGGGUGGCAGCAUCAUCACCAGCAGCAGCCGUGGGAGGCCGACCCUCUGGCCGGCCUUACGGCAGAUGAGGAGGCGCAGCUGCUCGAGCUGGCCAGGCAGCAGCUGCCGCAGCCCCUUCGAGAAGACGGGCCGCCUCUGGCCCUGCGCUUCGACCCCCCGCCACCUGGCGCAAACGUCGGCCCUGCGCCCACCGCGGCGGCCGGCAAGCGGCGCGCAGAGGGGCAGGCCGGGCCGGACGGGAAGCGGAGCCGCGGCGGCAGCGUCGACGGCGCCAGGACGCCCGUUCACGAGUCUGAAGGGGCCGACUGGGCGGCAGCAGCCGCGGCAGGCGGGGAGAGGGGCUGGGCGGCGAGGGCGGAGGCGGAGGCGCGGGUGGCGGAGCUCGAAGAACAGGCGCUGCAGCUGCAGCAGCUGCUGGAGAGCUGCGCUGACGAGGCGGAGGCCGGGCGGCUGCGUGCGGAGCUGGCGCAGCGGCAGGUUGCCCUGGAGGAGCAGCGCACGUUGCUGGCAGCACCAGCGCCGGCUGCGGACGGCGCCGCGGAUCGGCUGGCCCAGCAGCGCGCGCGCGAGGUGGAAAGGCAGCGCGCGACGCAGUGA